GGGAAACAAAGAAGUGCGAUGGAGAGAGGAGUGAGUGGAUCACCCCAAACGAAGGAACCGGUCAAAUCCAAGUGGUUUUGCUGAGGAACCCUGCUAUAGCCGGUUUCCUGACAUGGUGCUACCGGCUAGUACCUUCCUAGGAUAUGAGUGAGUGGUCAAACGUUUGGAAACAGUUACAGUUGGGGUUGUGAAUGUGAGGGGUUUAAGAACACAACAAACAGGGUUGGGUGGUUUUCAGGGGGUUUUUGUUGAUCAGACAUAGCCCAAGUCUCUAGGGUAUGCUAUCUGUUUCAGUUUCAGACCUGUUGAGAGUGUCUUCAACAUGGGGUGAAUAGUUGUUCUUCUAAUGUCAACGUACAUUGGGAGCUUCAAGAUUCCAGCUACUGCUAAUGUCAUUACCAUUCAACCCAUUCCCAGAAAGUUAUUACCAUAUAUGUGAUACAUGCUAUUAUUCAUUCAAUGUCAGUGUAAAUAUUGGUUCUGGUGUUAGGAGUGUGCAAUACUCAAGGAAGCUGGCUAUAUGUCAUCAAAUGACUUUUUCUUAUAGGAAUGAUUUUCUGAGAUAUGGUGUUGCAGAAGAGGUUGAACUACGGUUUUGAUGGCUAUCGGGCACCUUCCAUUCCUAGGGCUUCAAGAUCUGCUAGGGGGAGGGGUACAAUCAGGAAGAAGCCUGACAGCAGUCAGAUACAGGCAUUUGAAAUUUUGGCUAGUGUAGCUGGAAACUUUUUGCAGCAGAAUGAGAGUUCCAUUCCUGAUAAUGCUGCUGAUUAUGCAAAAGAUCCUCACUCUUUUGCUGGUACUAACAUAAAGGACAAACAAGAGCAUGAAGCAGGUUUAUUUAAUGGGGAUCUAUUUGAGCAUGGGAAUUGCAGUGGAAUUUCCUCUGCAUGUAUCCCUAGUUUACAAGGGAAACAUGAUAACCAAAGACUCUUGGAUGAUUCAUCUAUUCUUGGCAAUGAUCUUGAAGGCCAAGGACAGAAUGUCCUUGAGAGGGAAGAUGAACGGGUAAAAGGGAGAAAAACAAACGAGAAAAUCAUCCGCAUCAAGGGAAGUUCUAAGGGAUUAACAGAACCGAGCCAUAGAGCAUCAAAAGAUUGUAGUUCAGAAAAUUUUGUGGGAAAGCCUUCAUUGGAGAAUCUUGAUUCUUUACCCAAUGGUUCCACUUCUAGGAAAUUAGUUACUAGAGAUGAUGACGAAAACUUUGUUACGUGCACUAAACUCAGCUCCAGGAAUAACAUAUCUGGCCCACUACCAGAUGUGUUAAAAUUCAAGGAUGCAAGUCCUUUUACAAAUGAUGAGAACAAUAGUAGGGACAAUUCUGUAUUUGAAAUUUCACAAAGAAUGUAUCCAUUUAAGAAGAGGAAGUUCUUCCAUCUGGCCUCAUCAGCUGCAUCUGAUAGAGGCUCACACUGUCAAGGCAUAUUUGAUUCUUCUGACACCCGGGUUAAUGGCAUAAACGAAUGCACAGCAAUUGAAGAAUCAUCCUCAGAAGCUGGUCAACAAGGACAUCAUGGGUCCAGGGGUUGUAACGUGAAGCUUAGCAUAAAAUCCUUUAAAGUCCCUGAGCUUUUCAUUGAUAUACCUGAAACCGCAACUAUCGGUUCACUGAAGCAGAGGACAGUGAUGGAGGCUGUGACAACUAUACUUGGAGAUGAACUACAUGUGGGAAUCCUUCUUCAGGGAAAGAAGGUCAGAGAUGACAGCAAAACUCUAAUCCAGACUGGGAUAUCUCAAGACGACAAACGUCAUAGGUUGGGGUUUAUGUUGGAGCCGAGACAUCCUCGAAUUUCUCCUUCUUCAUACAAUGAAGACCCUUGUCUUCUUAACCCCGGUUCACAACAGAAACUAUCCAACAGGCAAUCAACAUCUUUAAUGUUACAACAAGGACCAUAUAAUGUAUCCCAAGAACGUUCGCUGAUCAAAAUUGAAAAUUGUGCUGAAGGUGAUCUUAAUAUGGUCUCCUCUCUAGCAGAUACUUCAGCUAACAAUAACAUGUCAAAGUGUCGCGCUCUGGUAGCAGUUCCUGCCAUUAACAUGAAUGCGUUAGCUGUGGUUCCAUUCCGCCGCAAAUCUGGGAAUCCUGACUAUGCACAGCGCCGAAUCAGGCGGCCGUUCUCUGUUUUAGAAGUCGAAGCAUUGGUUCAAGCCGUUGAGAAACUUGGAACUGGAAGGUGGCGUGAUGUCAAACAACGUGCGUUUGACAAUGCAAAGCAUCGAACUUAUGUGGAUUUAAAGGAUAAGUGGAAGACAUUGGUGCACACAGCAAGAAUCUCCCCUCAGCAAAGGAGAGGAGAACCUGUUCCUCAGGAGCUUCUGGACAGGGUCUUAGCUGCCCAUGCCUACUGGUCUCAGCAACAAUGUAAGCACCAACUUAAACCUCUGUGACUGAACCAUCACGAUAUUGAACAACACAGAAGAACAAAUUCAAUGCUGCAAAAGUAGACUUUUCAGGUUGAUGUAGUUUAGUUAUGCAAAAUGUUAAUAGUACAUAAUAUGCUCAAUUACAUAUAUUAUCCAUAAUGUCUCUUGCCAUCCAUCGCUUUAAUUUGCAUUGUAAUGGUUGGGUGAUUUGUACAUGAUUGUUUAACUGAAAGGGAAUAAUACGGUAUCACACUUACCAUUCCA